AUGGAUGAUCAAUAUGAUGAGUUUGGCAACUUUAUCGGCGAGGCCAUUGAAUCAGAAGAUGAUGAGAAAAAUGAAGUUGGCGCCAUUGCAUAUGAGUAUGCCGAAAGCGAAGGAGACGAGGAAGCCGAGGUGGCUGGCCAGGAACUGAUGGAAAUCGAUGAUGAUGGACCAUCAAAUGCCGUCAUUCUACACGAAGAUAAACAGUACUAUCCUACAGCGCAGCAGGUUUAUGGUGAGAACACUGAGACCAUGGUACAAGAAGAAGACGCCCAACCCUUAACUCAACCCAUCAUCGCCCCAGUGGAGCGCAAGAAAUUUACCAUUCAGGAGGCCGAUCUCCCACCUGUUUUCUUUGAGCGAAAGUUUCUUAUGGACUUAAUGUGUUUCCCGGACCAAACUAGAAAUAUUGCAUUUGCAGGACAUUUGCAUCAUGGAAAAACUACACUAAUGGAUAUGUUAGUUUUAGAGACACACGACAUCACAGGAAAACUAGACAAAAAAACUGGGAGAAAGAAGGAUGAGAAUCUGCGGUACACUGAUAAUCACAUUCUAGAGCAGGAAAGAGGAAUUUCGGUUAAAGCGGCUCCCAUGAGCCUUGUAUUGCACAGUUCUCAUGGUAAAUCUCAUCUGUUUAAUAUACUGGAUACACCUGGCCAUGUUAAUUUUGUUGAUGAAGUUGCAUCUUCGCUACGUCUUGUAGAUGGAGUUGUGCUAGUCGUUGAUGUCGUUGAAGGGGUUCAGGUUAACACCGAGCAAAUCAUAAAACAUGCCCUACUCGAAGAAUUAUCUCUUACGCUAGUCAUCAACAAGAUGGACCGAUUGAUUCUUGAACUAAAAUUACCUCCCAAUGAUGCAUAUUUUAAGUUAAAGCAUGUUGUCGAAGAGGUGAAUACAAUAAUCGAAAACGUUUUACCUGGACAAGGCGAAAAACUAAGACUCAGCCCUGAGAAGGGAAAUGUUAUGUUUGCGUGCAGCGGUAUGGGGUGGUGCUUCACGUUGCAAUCAUUUGCCAAAAUGUACUCAGACAGCUACCCUUCAAAGUGUAACUCUUCUCCAGGAAUAAAUUCUCAAGAAUUUGCAAGGCGCCUUUGGGGCGAUAUAUUCUUCAACCCUCAGAAACGCUCAUUCACCAGAAAAGCUAUCGAAGAGAAAGCCCGGCGCUCAUUUGUGCACUUUGUCUUAGAACCAAUAUACAAACUUUACUCUCACACGAUUAGUGAGAGCCCUGAAGACUUAAAGGUUAUGUUGGCCUCUUUGGGUAUAACGCUUAAGCCGUCUCAGUACAAGACUGAUGCAAAGGUUUUGCUUAAAUUGAUUUGUGGGAAAUUUUUUGGUCCAUCUAAUGGAUUUGUUACCAUGGUUGUCGAUCAUAUUCCGUCCCCCUUAGCUGCAGCUCGAAGUAAAGUAGAACGAUACUAUACAGGGCCAUUGGAUUCAAACAUUGCUAGAUCCAUGAUUUCAUGCAACCAAGAUGGACCUUUAGUAAUUCAGGUUUCGAAACUUCUGAACACAAGCGACGCAGAAACUUUUCAUUCUUUUGGAAGAAUCUUGAGCGGAACGGUGAGGCCAGGUAUGCAAGUACGUGUACUGGGCGAAGGCUACUCAUUUGAAGAUCAAGAAGAUAUGACAAUGGCUAUUGUCUCUAAUGUCUGGAUUGCGGAAACUCGGUACAAUAUUCCCACUGAUGGAGUACCCGCUGGAAACUGGGCCUUGAUUAGUGGGGUUGAUAAUAGUAUUGUAAAAUCAGCGACAAUUGUCCCCCAUACCCUGCCAGAUGAUGAAGAGGUCUACGUUUUUAAGCCAAUUUCUCACUUCACUGAAUCUGUCUUUAAAGUUGCUGUGGAGCCAAUUAAUCCAUCUGAACUUCCCAAGAUGCUGGACGGUCUAAGGAAAAUUAACAAAAGCUAUCCAUUGAUCACAACUAAAGUUGAAGAAUCAGGUGAACAUGUUAUCCUUGGAACAGGUGAACUUUAUAUGGACUGCGUACUCCAUGAUCUUCGGAAGCUAUAUGCAGAGAUGGAAAUUAAAGUUUCUGAUCCAGUAACAAGAUUCUGUGAGACAAUUGUGGAAACCUCGGCUAUUAAGUGUUACGCCCAAACCCCGAAUAAGAAGAACAAGAUAACAAUGGUGGCGGAGCCUCUAGACGAAGGAAUUGUUGAAGAUAUUGAGAGCGGGAAAGUAAGUAUCAAGAGCUCUGCACGCGUUAUUGGAAAAUUUUUCGAAGAAAAUUAUGGCUGGGAUCUAUUAGCUUCCCGAAGUAUCUGGGCAUUUGGGCCCGAUGAUUUUGGCCCUAAUAUCUUGCAAGACGAUACAUUGCCGUCAGAGGUCGAUAAAAAGCUCCUAACAAGUGUGAGAGACACAAUACGCCAGGGCUUCAGCUGGGCAACUCGAGAAGGCCCCUUGUGCGAAGAACCAAUACGUAACACCAAGUUCAAGAUUAUGGACGUAACCCUUGCUCCAGAGCCAAUAUUUCGAGGUGGCGGUCAGAUAAUUCCCUCAGCCCGAAGAGCUUGUUAUUCGUCAUUUCUUAUGGCCUCUCCACGACUUGUAGAACCUAUGUACUCAUGCUCUAUGAACGGUCCAGCAGACUCGGUAACAUCUCUUUAUACAGUCCUUGCUCGGCGUCGGGGACAUGUUUUAUCAGACGGUCCAAUUGCUGGUACACCUUUGUACCGGGUAAAUGGACUGAUCCCCGUCAUAGACUCAUUUGGUUUCGAAACAGAUCUACGUAUUCAUACUCAAGGUCAAGCCACUGUUAGUCUAGUUUUUGAUCGUUGGAGCAUCGUUCCAGGUGAUCCGCUAGACAAAGAUGUUAUCCUACGCCCCCUCGAACCAGCUAGUGCCCAGGCUACAGCCCGCGACUUUGUGCUCAAGACACGGCGGCGCAAGGGUCUUAGCGAGGAUGUCAGUGUUGCCAAAUUUUUGGAACCUGAGCUUUUUAGCAGUCUUAAAGAAAGCGGUCUUCUUGACGGAUAG